AUGUCGGAAGCCAGAGAACUCCGUGUCCCUGCGCUCCGUCGGUCACCAGGCGCGGGCCGGCAUGAUGGAGCCGCAGCAUGUGCACCAUGUGCUUGGAGCCCAGAGCCCAGCCUGGGAGGAACUGGAUCUGCUAGAAAUACUUCAACCCAAAAGUCCAAAAUCACUAAGCAGAAAUCAAAUAUAAAUGAACUACAAGGAUUGAAUUUGGAUAUGAGGAAGAUCAGUAAUGACAUGGAGGAAAUGUGUGGAAUCCUGGACCUUUACAUGUAUGAGGAUUUGAACUACAGGAUGAACACUGAAUUCAACAUCAUUAAAUCACAACAUGAGAAGACAAUGUUGGAUAUGAAUAAAAUGAUCCAGUCCAUAAUUGGUUCCAUGCAGUACUCCAAGGAACUGAUAGAAGAUAACUAUUCCUACAGCAUUAAGGAGGACCACCUCCUCCAUGAGUGCACUCAACUCAACAAAAAAGUAAGGAUAUUACUGAAUGAGAACAGAAGGCUGCUGGUGGAGCAGGCUGGCCAUAAGUGUCCUGUGGGGAAGAAAAGAGGUUCUCUGAUGAGGCCAGCAAGAACAUCUGUGUCCCAAGUGCCAAGGAACAGCAGUGUGAAAUAGGCCAGCAGAAAGCAGAACAUGGCACAGACCACGACAUGAUCUCCCUCAAAGAGAAGUGCUGGAGGAAGAGCACUGAGUGUGCACAGGAAAUACACCACUGUUGCCUCUCAUCCCUAAUAACCAUGGCUGUAAUGGGCUGUAUGCUCCUCCUUUAUUUUGUUUCUUUGGUAUGAACAGGCCUUAAUUUCAUGUAGCCUCUGGCCCAGGAAGAGUGCACAUUUAAAGGGACUCAGAGAAUUGCUGAGACACAUCAAGAGCUGCUGGGCAUCCAGGAAGAUUCUGAGAGUUUAAAUUUAUCUUUUCCUGAUGGGUCAUCAUCAAUAAUUACAUGGAGAUCAGUCAACAAAAUUGUAAAACCUUGGAUCCAAGUCUACAACAUGUGUUCUGCUUUGACUUGGGAGGCCAUAUCCUUCAGACCCACACUCCAAAAGGAGAGUGUUGCUUAAAUUUCUCCUGCAAAGUUUGUUACCUCCAGGAACUGCUUUUCUGCUAAGUUGCCAAGGACAGCCACAGGCUGUAAGGCUGUGCUACAAAAUGAGCAGACUAAGAAUUUUGCUUUGCACAAUUUUUGUGGUUUGAUUUGGUUUGAGUUUUGAUUAGUUUAGUUACUUGGUUUUUCUUGUUUUCAUUCAAAGUUUUGUUAUUUAUUGGUUAUUUAUUGUUCUUGUAAUUAAUUUGAUAUUUUGAUAAGGUUAUACACAGUACAUAUUGACUGUCAGCUUUCAGUUACAAUUGAGUACAUUGCAUUUUUUCUUAUGACUAACACAGUGAUCUCCAACUCUUCACUCUAAGAGCCUUGUUAUUUCAGGUGUGAUCAUGAAAUCCCACAGAUAUCAGACCCAGAUGGAUCUCUGCAUUUUUGAUGGGACUUGGGCUCCAUAGUUUCUUCUGAGCCAGACUGAACUACAAACUCCUUCAUACAUUCAGUAUGGAGAGUUUUUCUAACUGUCUGUAUAGGAACUUAAUGAUGGAAAACUUACCCAUGCUGCAUCGUUGCUGUCAAAUAUUUAGCUACUGUGAAAAUACUGUGGAUGAUGGUGUUGAACGCAUUAAUGGCAA